UUCGACAUAGCUUGCUCACCACAAUCUUGGAAAUCGGAAUAUUUACUAUUGCUAGUAAGCCAUGUGGCACGGGUGUUGACGUUUGAACAAAUGUUUGUGUUUUGUAAAAGUUCCAAUCUUCCCAUGUGUUAACAGUUUUUAGUGUAUAAACGUCUUUGUAAUUAAAAAGCGAUGAAGAUUUUCACAAGUGGCGCCGAUCCUUCCUGCCUUAAAGUUGCAGUUGCCGCGAAUUUUGCUAAAGAAAAUAUACACGUGGAAAAUAUUCCUGCUGCAGAUCGAAAAGUUGGAGCUACACGUCGUUUGCCAACUUUCCAAUUGGAAUCAGGGACGACUCUUUUCUCUGCAAAUUCAGCCGCAAGGUUACUGGUGCCGCCAAAAAACGAAGAUGGGUUGUGGGUUGACCAGUGGCUGGAGUGGGAAGCAACUAAGCUACAGCCAGUUAUUGUGAACUGCCUGACAACAAUGAAGUCUGCAGCUCUGUCGACACAGCUGAAUGAUCUCUUGACAACCUUGGAUGGUGCACUGAGCACAAAAGGAUAUCUUGUUCAUUCCAGCAUCACAGUUGCAGAUAUUUGUAUUUGGAGCACCAUUUUUCCACUGGCUGCCGAUGCAAAGUUAUCCUCUGACUGGCUCAAUGGAAAGAAGCACUUGCUACAAUGGUUUGCAAAACUAAAAGAGCAAGAUCACAUUAAAGAAGCUGUUGGUUUGCUCAAGCUGAAACCAGGUUUGCCUGCGAUUCAAAGUCUAAAUGAUGCUUCCUGGUUUCCACUGCAAGCUACUCAAUGUGAAGUUCAACCAAGACCAGAACUUAUUUCAACUUCCAGCACAGAGUCAUCAACUAAGGAACCUCCCAUUUCUGAAGCUGAGCUUGAAGCAGCAGCAGAUGCAUGGAAGAAUGGAGCAGCUAGAAGACCGAAACCAAAGCCAAAAACAGUACCUGUGCUUCCAGUUGAGGGUGAAAAAAAUGUAUUGGUUACUUCUGCCUUGCCCUAUGUAAAUAAUGUACCCCAUUUAGGAAAUAUUAUUGGCUGCGUCUUAUCAGCUGAUGUCUUUGCAAGGUUCAGUCGUCUGUGCAAUCAUAAUGUCUUGUAUAUCUGUGGAACUGAUGAAUACGGUACAGCAACUGAAACCAAAGCACUUGAAGAAGGUCUUACUCCAAAAGAAAUAUGUGACAAGUAUUUUAAGAUUCAUGAUGCCGUCUACAAAUGGUUUAAUAUUAAUUUUGAUUACUUUGGUCGAACAACUUCUCCUGAACAGACCAAGGUCUGCCAAGAGAUGUUUCUCCAGCUAAACAGGAAUGGCUUCAUAUGUACAGAAGUUAUGGAGCAAUUACUCUGUGAAAAAUGUGAUAGGUUUCUUGCUGACCGCUUUGUGGAAGGCACAUGCCCUCGCUGUGCUUAUGAGGAUGCAAGAGGAGAUCAAUGUGAUGGUUGUGGACACUUAAUAAAUGCAACAGAGUUGAUUAAACCACGCUGCAAAUUGUGCCAAAAUACGCCAGUCAUUAAACCUUCAGAGCAGUUCUUCCUCAAAAUGCCUGAUACUGAACCACUCAUUAGGCACUGGGGAGAGAAAGUGUGGGGUGGAUGGUCAAACAAUGCACGCACUAUUACCCGUAGCUGGUUAAAGGAAGGCUUAAAGCCACGUUGCAUCACUCGGGAUCUCAAAUGGGGCAUUCCUGUGCCUCUAGAUGGAUACAGAAAUAAGGUAUUUUAUGUUUGGUUUGAUGCUCCACUUGGCUAUAUUAGCAUUACAAGCUGCUACACAUCAGAGUGGAAACAGUGGUGGCAACCAAAAAGGGAAGUGCCUGUUAGCCUCUAUCAAUUUAUGGCAAAGGACAAUGUUCCUUUUCAUGCUGUUCUGUUCCCAGCUAUCUUGCUUGGAGCAAAUCAAGGCUACACUGUCCCUACUAACAUAAUGGCCACAGAAUAUUUAAAUUAUGAAGAUGGCAAAUUCUCGAAGAGCCGAGGAGUGGGAGUUUUUGGCAAUGAUGCUCAAGAGACAGGUAUUCCGUCUGAUAUUUGGCGUUUCUAUCUCCUUUAUGUGAGACCAGAAUCUCAGGAUUCUAGCUUUAGCUGGACUGAUUUAGCAAUGAAAAACAAUUCAGAGCUUCUUAACAACUUGGGAAAUUUCAUUCAUAGGGCACUGUCGUUUGUAGAAAAGUUCUUUGGAGGUGAAGUACCGUGUAUAGAAAUCACGCAAGUUGAGCUGACAUUGCUGGCACAUAUCACUCGUGAAUUGCAGGGGUACAUUGCUUCUCUUGAGUCUGCCCGACUCAGAGAUGGUAUUCGUCACAUCCUUGCAAUCAGUCGACAUGGAAACCAGUUCAUGCAGAGUCAGCAGCCUUGGGUGUUGGUGAAAGGAUCUGAAACUGACAGGGUACGAGCAGGCACUGUAGUUGGCCUCUGCGCCAACAUUGCAGCACUGCUGGCUGUUCUUUUGAAACCAUAUAUGCCUGAGACAUCACGUACAUUGGAUACUCAGCUCAAUGCACCAGAGCACAUACAAUAUAUUUCAAAGGAGGUUUGUGUUCUGCUUCCCCCAGGACAUAAAAUUGGGCAGCCAGCUCCACUUUUUACUAAGAUAGAAACAGCACAGAUAGAGAAACUGAAGAAACAGUUCUCUGGCCGGCAACGAUCUCCCCCAGCGGAGAAACCAGUGCCAGUGCUAUCUGGAGAAGAUAUCGUAGCCCAUCUUGAAGCUGCCAUUGCAAAGCAGGGUAAUGUAGUACGAGAAAUGAAGGCCAGAGGUGCUCCAAAAGAAGAAUGGCAGCCACAUGUGGCAGUUCUUUUAGACCUUAAGAAACAAUUGGAGGCAGCCCAUGCGGUUGCAGUCAGUAGAGUACAGCAAGCACAAGCAGCAGCGGCGGCAGCAGCUGCGGCAGCAGCUGCGGCAGCUACCAGUGUCUCUCCUCCUCAAGUAAAUGGUGCUGUUGCUUCUCCAGAGGAGAUUGCUAGAUUGGAGGCGGAAGUUAAUAAACAGGGUAACUUGGUGAGAGAAAUGAAAUCAAGUGGCAAGAGCAAAGCAGAAUGGCAGCCAGAAGUUGUUAGACUCCUUGAACUGAAGAAACAAUUGGCUCUUGCCCAGGGAAUUGAUCUGACAGCCCAACAAACGGUAUCAAAACCCAGGAAAGGAAAGACAAAGACAUAACAUAGACAUCUACUACAUUCUCUGUUCCCUCCAUCUUAACAUAUAGUUAUUUAUUACUAAUUUAUCUUGAGUGAAUGUGUGCGUUCCUUGUGAUGUACAAUGAUAUUGUUGGUGAUGGAUGUUACAAUUUGUAACAAUUUUCCUUUCAUUCUUGUACCAUAUUUAAUUAAGAGAAAUACAGAUAUCAGUCAUGCAGUAAGUGAAUUA